AUGCCUGCGAUAUCAAGUCACGGAUUCGUUCGCACGCUUGAAGCGCGAGAAUGGCAGAAUACUGUCGGUCAGUCUGGGAUGACGCCGACGGCUUUUAGUUUUCUGAUUCCUGUCUUCGUUGUUGCUAUCGUGGCGCCGUUGGUUAUUUUGUGUAUAUUUUGUAUACGGAAAAGACGGCAAGCCGUCCCUGUUCCAACGCGUCUGCCACCCAAGACAAAAAAGCCGGCGCUUAGGCGUGCGGAAGCGAGGGAGAAGUUGAUUGAAGUCACCGAAGUGGUGAGCCUCACUGGAAGCACAUCUUCACAAAGUCGUGAUGGCACAGAGAACGACGAGGGCAAACUCGGGGCAGUAGAGACGCGCUCAGUGCUCGAGCGGGAAUGUGCGAUAUGUCUCUCAACCCUUCACGCUCCCGCUCCACCCGAACCAGCCAAACUCUCCCCAGAAGCACCGAUAACCGAUGCUGCCGCCCUGCCCGCCUCUCUCCCGCAAUCCGAUGCCGCGGAUUCAACAGCAACUACCACUCCUACUGCACCCGAAUCCGAGACCAUACUCAAACUUCAAGUCUGUGGCCACGAAUUCCACGCCGACUGCCUGGUAUCUUGGUUCGUCCUGCGCAAGACAAGCUGCCCGAUAUGCCGAUCCAUGUACAUGAGCAAGGAAGCCUUGGAGCAGCACGAUGAGGAAGAGAGGAUUGCUCUGGGUGGAGAUCCGACGCCCGCCGUGUUGGAAGCGGGAGCUGCGAAUCAGCCGCAAGCACAGCCUGUCAGCAAUUGGCGCUACUUUCUGCAUGGAAGUGGUAUCCGGAGACUACCGGGGGCACAGGCACAGGCGCAAAGUCAACCUGCAGUGGAAUUGCAGAAUCGCACUCCGGGAACUGGAGAGCAGGCUGGGGCUGGGGCUGCAGUCGCAGGAGAGACGGCAGUGCCGCAGCCAGAGCAGCCGUCUAGGCCGAGGUGGCAGAGACUUUUGAGGAUGUGA